AUGCAACGUUCCAUCUUUGCGAGAUUCGGCAGCCCAUCUGCCGCUGUUUCCGCUCUCAAUAAACUGUCCACCGCAGCCGCACCACAGGCGAAAAGCGGUUAUGCCACUACUUCCGGUGCUGGCGCCGCUGCUGCUACUGCCACAGCUUCCACCACGAAUGCUGCCGCUGCUGCUGCCGCCGCCGCUAAUCACUCCACUCAAGAGUCGGGAUUUGAUUACGAGGGUUUGAUAGAUUCUGAACUGCAGAAGAAAAGACUGGACAAGUCAUACAGGUACUUUAACAAUAUCAACCGUUUGGCAAAGGAGUUCCCACUAGCCCAUCGUCAGAGGGAGGCAGACAAGGUUACCGUUUGGUGUUCCAACGAUUAUUUGGCCUUGUCCAAGCACCCUGAGGUGCUGGACGCGAUGCACAAGACUAUAGAUAAGUAUGGUUGCGGUGCUGGUGGUACAAGAAACAUUGCCGGCCAUAACAUACCCACUAUGAACCUGGAGGCAGAACUGGCCACUUUGCACAAGAAGGAAGGGGCCUUGGUCUUUUCGUCGUGUUACGUUGCCAACGACGCUGUCUUGUCCCUACUGGGCCAAAAGAUGAAGGACUUGGUGAUUUUUUCCGACGAACUAAACCACGCCUCCAUGAUCGUUGGUAUCAAGCAUGCCAACGUUAAGAAGCACAUUUUCAAACACAACGACUUGAACGAAUUGGAAAAGCUACUGCAGUCGUAUCCUAAAUCCGUCCCUAAACUAAUUGCAUUUGAGUCCGUGUACUCCAUGGCGGGUUCAGUAGCAGACAUUGAAAAAAUUUGCGAUUUGGCCGAUAAAUACGGUGCCCUAACCUUUUUGGAUGAAGUCCACGCCGUUGGCCUGUACGGUCCUCACGGCGCAGGUGUUGCGGAACACUGUGAUUUCGAAAGUCAUCGUGCAAGCGGUAUUGCCACUCCCAAGGCCAACGACAAGGGCGGUGCAAAAACUGUUAUGGAUCGCGUUGACAUGAUUACCGGUACGUUAGGUAAGUCGUUUGGUAGUGUAGGUGGCUACGUAGCAGCCUCUAGAAAACUGAUCGAUUGGUUCAGAUCAUUCGCACCCGGUUUUAUUUUCACCACCACUUUGCCACCUUCCACCAUGGCAGGCGCUACCGCGGCCAUUAGAUACCAACGUUGCCACAUAGAUCUAAGGACUGCUCAACAGAGACACACCAUGUACGUGAAAAAGGCCUUCCAUGACUUGGGCAUUCCCGUUAUUCCGAAUCCUUCCCACAUCGUUCCGGUGUUGAUUGGCAAUGCUGAUUUGGCCAAGCAAGCUUCUGAUAUUCUAAUCAACAAACAUCAAAUCUACGUGCAGGCUAUCAACUUCCCCACCGUCUCUCGUGGUACGGAAAGGUUGAGAAUUACCCCAACCCCAGGCCACACUGACGAUUUGUCCGAUAUUUUAAUUAAUGCUGUUGAUGAUGUGUUUAACGAACUGCAAUUGCCACGUGUCAGGGACUGGGAAAACCAAGGCGGUCUACUGGGCGUCGGCGAAGCCGGAUUCGUGGAAGAGCCCAACUUAUGGACAUCGAAACAACUAUCUUUGACUAAUGACAACUUGAAUCCUAAUAUCAGAGACCCAAUUAUCAAACAACUAGAGGUCUCUAGUGGUAUCAAACAGUGA